AUGAGCACUAAAAAAGAUACAAAACCAAAUUCGUCGACGAAUUCGGCUUUGGAUGAAGAACCAACAGGAGGAAAAAAUAGUGAUGAACCAAGUCCGAUGGGUUCAAAUAUUUUUAUUGUUAAACCGGAUGAUGAAAAAAAGAAUCGUUUACAUCCAGAACCAUUUCGACAUGAUCCAGUUACACGAAAUAACAUUGGUCGAACUAUGCUUCGUGGUAUUCGAUCACUUUGGGCAACACGACAAACAGAAAAAGAUCUUGGAAAAAACAAAGAUUUAUAUGUGAAAACAACACUACGAGAACUUAUCAUCUAUUUGAUCUUUAUUACUAUUUUAUGCAUAAUUACAUUUGGAAUGACAUCAACAAAAACAUAUUAUUUUACUACGGUUUUACGUACAGUUCUUACUGAACAAAAAGUUCAAGGUAUUGGUGAUCAACCAGCAUUUGAUGAUAUUGCAAAUUUUGAAGAUUUCUGGAAUGUUAUGGAUGGACCUAUUCUCGAUGGUUUAUUUAAUCAAAAAUGGUAUAAUGGUGACAGUUUAACAGAUGAUCAAUACGGUUAUGUUUUAUUUGAAAAUAAAAUUCUCGGUUUACCUCGACUUCGACAACUUCGUGUAACAAAUGAUUCUUGUAUUGUUCAUAAAAAAUUUCGAUCAACAAUUCAUGAAUGUUAUGCAUCAUACAGUAGUAGUAAAGAAGAUCAUAGUAGUUAUGAACCACAAAAUGAUAAUUUAACAUCAUCAGCUUGGCAUUAUAAAACAUCAUCGGAACUUCGUGGUUCAUCAACAAGUGGUUUAAUAUCUCGAUAUGAUGGUGGUGGUUUUGUACAAGAUUUAACAGUUAAUUAUAAUGAUGCUAAAGCAGAACUUAAUAGUCUUAAUAAUAAUUUAUGGCUUGAUCGUGGUACACGUGUUGUUUUUCUUGAUUUUACAGUUUAUAAUGCAAAUAUAAAUUUAUUUUGUCAAAUUAAAUUAACUGUAGAAUUUCCAGCAUCAGGUGGAGCUGUACCAUCAAAAACAUUUACAACAGUUAAAUUAAUUCGUUAUGUUUCAUCAAUGGAUUAUUUUGUAUUAGCAUGUGAAAUUUUAUUUGUUAUUUUUACGAUUUAUUAUACAGUUGAAGAAAUUAUUGAAAUAGCACGUUUUAAAUUUCGUUAUUUUAAAACAGUUUGGAAUGUACUUGAUGUAGUUAUUAUUUUAAUUUCAUAUAUUUGUAUUGCAUUUAAUGUUUAUCGUCAAAUUAAAGUUGGACAAAUUCUUGAUGAUUUAUUAAAAAAUCAAAAGAUUUUUGCUGAUUUUGAAUUUCUUACUUAUUGGCAAACACAAUUUAAUAAUAUUAUUGCAUUUACUGUUUUUAUUGCAUGGAUUAAAAUAUUUAAAUAUGUAUCAUUCAACAAAACGAUGACACAAUUAUCAACAACAUUAUCACGAUGUGCAAAAGAUGUACUUGGUUUUAGUGUUAUGUUUAUGAUUGUAUUUUUGGCAUAUGCACAAUUGGGUUAUUUAUUAUUUGGUACAAUGGUUGAUGAUUAUAAAACAUUUGCAAUAUCAAUUUUUACAUUAUUUCGUAUUAUUUUGGGAGAUUUUGAUUUCAAUGCAAUUUUGGAAGCACAUCGUAUUCUUGGUCCAAUAUUCUUUUUGACAUAUGUCUUUUUUGUAUUUUUCGUAUUAUUGAAUAUGUUUUUGGCUAUUAUUAAUGAUACAUAUUCGGAAGUUAAAAGUGAUAUGUCAACACAAAAAUCUGAAUUUGAAUUAGGUGAUUAUUUUAAAAAAUCUUAUGAAAAAAUGCUUGAACGUUUACAUGUUAAACGAGAUCGUAUUAUUGAUAUAAAAAAUGCAUUAAAAAGUGCUGAUCUUAAUAAAGAUGGAGUCAUUGAAUUCGAUGAAUGGCGUCGUGAUUUAAAAGCUCGUGGUUAUACAGAUGUUGAAAUUGAAAAUGUUUUUUCACGUUAUGAUGUUGAUGGUGAUCGAGUACUUCGUGGUGGUGAACAACUUCAUUUUAAAUCUGAUCUUACUACAUUAGAAAAUAAUAUAAAUAUGGAUAUUAAAGGUUUAGAAAAUGAAUCACAAGCUACAAAACAAUCUAAUGUAAAAGAUCAAAAUGGAAAUGAAAAUAAUGAUGCAAAUCGUAUAACAUAUGAUGAAUUUGCAAUUGUAGUACGACGUAUUGAUCGAAUGGAAUAUUCAAUUGGAACUAUUGUUGCAAGAAUUGAUGAUGUUUUAACAAAAUUGGAAGGAUUAGAAAAGAGUAAAAUGAAACGUCGUGAUGCUUUAACAAAAAUUUUAAAUACUAUUUCUGAAGAUGAUCAUCUGAGUAAAGAAGAUAGACAUGAACGUUUAGAAAAAAUGAUUCGUAAUGAACUUGAAGGAAAUAAUUCAGAACGUCAAACACCUACACAAAGUUUACUUACAGAUCUACCUGCUACAACAAAUAAGCCUUAUUAUCAAAGUCAUACAUCACUACGUUAUGGACAAGGUGAAGAUGAACGACCAAGACCAUCAAGUGGAAUGAAAUGA